AUCAAAAUUUACUUAACCUAAAAAUAAACUACUGUUAACGCAAUUUCGAGUGACGUGUCUUCGGCUAACAAUUUAUUGCUUCUAAUAAACACAGUUUUAUGAUGUAUAUGAUUGUUUAAAAGUAUUAAAUAUCAAUUGUAAUCAGUCAACACGAAGAAAAUGUUAACAAAUUUCGAAACAAAGUCAGCUCGAGUCAAAGGGCUUUCAUUUCAUCCCAAACGUCCGUGGAUCUUAGCAAGUUUACACAAUGGAUUUAUUCAAUUAUGGGAUUAUCGAAUGUGUACCCUUUUGGAUAAAUUCGACGAACAUGAUGGUCCAGUCCGGGGAAUCUGCUUCCACAAUCAACAACCUCUUUUUGUUUCCGGAGGAGAUGAUUACAAAAUUAAAGUAUGGAAUUACAAACAAAGGAGGUGUAUAUUCACCUUAUUGGGUCAUUUAGAUUACAUUAGAACAACAGUAUUUCACCAUGAGUAUCCUUGGAUUUUGAGUGCCUCAGAUGAUCAAACUAUUAGGAUUUGGAACUGGCAGAGUCGAGCUUGUAUCUGCGUUUUAACUGGCCAUAAUCACUAUGUCAUGUGUGCACAAUUCCAUCCUUCUGAAGAUAUGAUUUUGUCAGCAUCUUUGGAUCAAACUGUGCGAGUUUGGGAUAUUUCUGGAUUGAGAAAGAAAAACGUAUCUCCAGGUCCAGGUGGUCUUGAAGAGCAUUUAAAAAAUCCUGGAACGACAGAUUUAUUUGGGCAAGCUGAUGCUGUUGUCAAACAUGUACUUGAAGGGCAUGAUCGUGGAGUAAACUGGGCAUCUUUUCAUCCAAGUUUACCCUUGAUAGUUUCAGGUGCUGAUGAUCGUCAAAUAAAAAUGUGGAGAAUGAAUGAUAUGAAAGCCUGGGAAGUGGAUACAUGUAGAGGUCAUUACAAUAAUGUCUCUUGUGUCUUAUUUCAUCCACGACAAGAUUUAAUCUUAUCUAAUUCUGAGGAUAAAAGUAUUAGAGUUUGGGACAUGGCUAAAAGAGGAUGUCUUCAAACAUUCCGAAGAGAACAUGAAAGAUUUUGGGUUCUUGCAGCUCAUCCAACAUUGAAUUUAUUUGCUGCUGGGCAUGAUGGAGGAAUGAUAAUAUUUAAAUUAGAACGAGAACGACCAGCUUUUGCUGUUCAUGGUAAUUUACUUUAUUAUGUGAAGGAUAGAUUUUUACGAAAGUUGGAUUUCACUACGUCAAAAGAUGUUUCGGUAAUGCAACUUAGAGGGGGAGGAAAAAUUCCUGCUUACAGUAUGUCAUAUAAUCAAGCAGAGAAUGCAGUUCUCAUUUGUAUGAGAGUUCCAUCUAAUAUUGAAAACAGUACCUAUGAUUUGUACAUGAUUCCAAAGGAUGGUGAUUCAAAUACAACACCAGAAACUAAAAGAGCUUCUGGUGUUACGGCUAUUUGGGUAGCAAGAAAUCGAUUUGCUGUUUUGGAUCGAGGAUAUUCACUGGUUAUCAAAAAUUUGAAGAACGAAGUAACGAAAAAAGUCCAAAUUCCAAAUUGCGAUGAAAUUUUUUAUGCAGGAACGGGAAUGCUUCUCCUUAGAGACUCAGAUCAAGUAAUUCUUUUUGAUGUUCAACAGAAACGUCAGUUAGCAGAAGUUAAAAUUUCAAAAUGCCGUUAUGUUGUGUGGUCCAAUGAUAUGUCCCAUGUAGCAUUAUUAUCAAAGCAUACCGUCAACAUUUGUAAUCGAAAACUUGAAUCUCUUUGUUCAAUUUCUGAAAAUACUCGAGUGAAAUCUGGAGCAUGGGACGAUUCUGGAGUAUUUAUUUAUACUACAAGUAAUCAUAUCAAGUAUGCCAUUAACACAGGAGAUCAUGGAAUUAUUCGGACUCUUGAUCUACCUAUUUACGUGACGAGAGUUAAAGGAAAUCAAGUUUAUUGUCUGGAUCGUGAAUGCCGACCAAGAAUUUUACGGAUCGAUCCAACAGAAUAUAAAUUCAAACUUGCUUUAAUUAACAGAAAAUAUGAAGAAGUUCUUCACAUGGUUGUGAAUGCUAAUUUAGUUGGUCAAUCCAUUAUUGCUUAUCUUCAACAGAAAGGAUAUCCAGAAGUUGCAUUACACUUCGUUAAAGACGAAGAAACUAGAUUUAAUUUAGCUCUAGAGUGUGCCAAUAUUGAAGUAGCUUUAGAGGCUGCAAGAAUAUUAGAUAAAAAAACUUGUUGGGAAAGAUUGGCUCACGCAGCUCUGUUGCAGGGAAAUCACCAAGUGGUAGAAAUGUGCUAUCAGCGCACAAAAAAUUUCGAAAAACUUGCAUUCCUGUAUUUAAUUACAGGAAAUUUAGAUAAAUUAAAAAAAAUGACUAAAAUAGCAGAAAUAAGAAAAGAUGUUUCUGGUCAAUAUCAAGGAAGCCUUCUUCUUGGCGAUAUUUAUGAACGCGCCAAAAUUUUAAAAGAAGCUGGACAAAUUUCUUUGGCCGCAGUUACAUUGAAAAUUCACGGAAUUGCAACCGAAGAUGAUGAAGAACAAGCCAAUUCAGUUGAAGAAGAACUAAAAGAUUUACAGCGUGAUGCAGUCUAUUUUAGACCACCGGUACCUGUACAAAAAGCCGAAAAUAAUUGGCCUUUAUUAACGGUUUCUAAAGGAUUUUUUGAAGGAGUAAUGAACUCUAGAAGGCACAACCAAGUCACGGCGGCUUUAACUGCAGUCCAAUCUGAAGAUGAAACUGGAGCUGAUGGUUGGGCUACUGAUGACGUGCUUGGAAUAGAUGACGAAGAAGGUGUGGAAGGUGGAGAAGGUUUUGCAGAUGCAGAAGACAGUGGUGCUGGAUGGGAUGUUGAAGACGUCGAUCUUCCUCCAGAGUUAGAUACACCAGGUUCGGGUGCUAAAGAGGGCUAUUUUGUCGCUCCAACUAAAGGGCUAUCAGUAACCCAUUAUUGGAUCAACAAUUCUCAGCUUCCGGCAGAUCAUAUUGUAGCUGGAUCGUUUGAUACUGCAUUUAGACUUUUACAUGAUCAAGUUGGAGUAACCAAGUUUGAUGCUUAUGAAACGCAUUUUCUCAAUAUUUUUGCUAGAUCUAGGACCAGUUUUGCAUGCCUUCCAAGCAUUCCUUCUCUUUAUGCUUAUCCACAACGGAAUUGGAAAACUGCAACACUUAAAACUGGUCUUCCUGCUGUUGGAUUACAUUUAACGGAACUUGUGCAACGAUUACAAGUGUGCUAUCAACUGACAACAGGCGGAAAGUUUAUGGAGGCAAUAGAAAAACUUCAAGCAAUUUUAUUAAGUGUUCCUCUACUAAUUGUAGAUACGCGACAGGAUAUAGCAGGCGCUCAACAAUUGAUUCAGAUUUGUCGAGAGUAUAUUUUGGGCUUGAAAAUGGAAACAGAGAGAAAAAAUGCACCUAAAAGUACUUUAGAAGAACAAAAGAGAGUUUGUGAAAUGGCAGCAUACUUUACUCACUGUAAUCUCCAACCUGUCCAUCAAAUUUUAACUCUAAGGACAGCUGUCAAUUUAUUUUUCAAACUUAAAAAUUAUAAAACAACAGCAUCUUUUGCAAGAAGAUUAUUAGAGUUAGGACCAAAACCCGAAGUUGCUCAACAAGUCAGAAAGAUUCUUCAGGCAUGUGACAAGAAUGCAGUCGAUGAACAUGAAAUGAAGUACGAUCAGUAUAAUCCCUUCUCUUUGUGUGCUGCAACUUACACUCCAAUUUACAAAGGGAAGCCAGAAGUCAAGUGUCCUCUAUGCGGAGCAAGUUAUCAUCCGCAGUUUAAGGAUUUAUUAUGUAAAAUUUGUGAAGUUUCCCAAAUUGGAAAGGAGUGUACUGGUUUAAAAAUUAGCGCGAAAGCGUAAAGAAAAAUGGAAAAAAAUUUUUUAUGGCUCAAUUUUUAUAAUAAUAAAAACGAAAUAGCUGUAAAUUAGAAUUAAACAGAAUUUGUAAAUAAUAAUUGUAUAC